UGGAGCCUGUGAAGCAAACUCGUCUAUAAUUGGUGAAGCCCCGAGCAGCCGGUCACUACCGGGAUAGCUCUUGCGCGGUCGUUGAGGUCUCCGGGUUACCCCGGCUCAGACACAAUGCGAUGUGUCAGCUGCCGACUUUGUGAUACUCCUGCUUUACGCCGACACGGUUCUCUACGGCGUUCCUCUUUUUACUGAUCGGCGUUUUUGGUUUCCCAAUUUCACGUUUGGCCAUCUGUCAACGAUUUGGCUGCUUGCACGCAGCCAUUACUGAGCGAAUGGCGAAGGGCAUUAGAAGCCCUCACACACCGAUCCACUCCGCGAUAGGAAAGCAGCGAAAUAGUUUAAGCUCGUAGCCUACCGCUCUCGGCGGACGGACAGGAUCGUUGUCCUGCACCGCCUUAGUGGUCAGGAUCCGACACAGAUCGUGCCUGGUAGUAGACAAACUCUUUCAGUCACACGACGAUGUCAGCCUCGCUGUGUGUGCACGGUUAUUUCCUCACCACCACAAGUGUUGAGAAAAGUAGGAAAUUUGUUGGCCUAAAGGAGUGGAUACCCUUGUAAACAGCAGGCCCACACUGCUUUCAGGAUUCAGACUGGAGACUGGCGAUACGAAACGGACUGUCUUGACGUCCCCCCCUCCCCUCCCCUCCCCCUCUCUCCCUAUCUCCCUCCCCCCCCGGACUUUUUAGAACCGAAAACCGUCGAGAUUAGUGAGCGGACGGCAGAGGCGAAAGGCUGGACACGGCUGUAUCCGAGUCGUGCCUGUUCGUCGUUCACAUGCCAUCUGGACGAGCGGCAUAUCGCUGUAUUUCAAGGAAGACUCUCACCUGACUGACUCAGCUACCCCUGAGGCAUGCUGUGUUAAAGAAACACCUAUGCAGGUGGAUCCUACACUAAUGAAUGUAGGGGAUGGAGGCACGGUGAGCAGUGAGAUCAGUGCUCCAAAUAAAGCGUCUGCUAGUAUGGUGGGAAAUCCCCCCCAGACGCUACCCCCUGAGUUUAGAGGAGAUGUUACCCUCAGUCAGCAAAACAGGAACACUCCAACAACAGACUGUAAGACAGCAAAAACCUGCCUGGACACUAGCAAUUACAACCACAGCCCUGAGCUUUCUCCACCUCAACAGCCCAACAAUGCAGCAAUGUCCAGCUCAGCUCUCACCAGUUCAGAGAAGAGAGCAGACAAAAGGGCAGAGGCCCCUAAACUCAAGGCUGAUGGUGCUGGAGUCUUCCCUACUCCUCAGCGGUCAAGCAGCUUAAAAGUCAGCCGGGAGGACUCACUCAACGCCUGUCACAGCAAUGUGACAUCCAGUAAGAAAUCACACCUGCAAACACAAUCUGUGCAAAGUGCUCCACCUGGGUUUCAGUGCUCCACCAUGUUCAAACCAGUCCAGCCCGUUGCCUUCCUUCCUUCCACUAAUUUUUCCUCUCCCCUUUGUAAAAUCACUCUUCCACCAGCAUUGGGUCAGAUUGCAGCAUUGAGAGAAGCCACAGCCAGUCAGUUUCAGAAAGAAAUUCAGCCUCAAAGCUCAGGUGUCGGGGGGACACCUCUCAUGCGGACCUAUCCCUAUCCGUUCUCUGUGGGCCGGACUCCAGCUGCAGAGAAAAAAGCAGGCACAUCAACCUCAAAACUUAAAUCUAACCAUUCAUCGAGUAAGAACGUCAAAUCUGUAGGAGAGCAUAAAUCUUUAGCUUCAGUGGUAGCCUCACCAGCUAUUGCACUACCAUUGCAGCACCCGUCAUUAACUUCUGCAGCACCCACCUGCUACACGUUGUCUCCCACUGCUGCCAUUUGCUGUGGCUCUGCACUGGCCAGCAUAACCUCUCAGAGCAGACUGCUGAACCAUGUGGAGAAAGGCAACAGCAUAGAAAAGACAACCAGGGGCUCUCUUAAAACGACACCUCCCUCUGCUUCAGAGGACCAUACAGCUUGCUCAGUUGAACCAAGAGAUGUACCUCUUGAUUUGUCUGCUAAAUCAAAACGUCCAAAAUGCAUAAAUGACCCUCCAGUUCCAAUGAUUGGGCCUCAUAAUAAUGAGUCGAAUCAGAGAGAUUUUCUGAACUCAAAGAGGACUCCUUCUACAACUUAUAGCUCAACUGUGCAAUACCCUAUCUUACCCAACACCCACAGAAAUGGAUCUCAUCAAAAGCAAAUAAAUAGGCCUCAGAAUCACCAGGUGUCAGAACCCAAAUCAACCUGGGGUAAGGUAUCUUCACAAGACUCCAUAAAAAACAUCCCUGGAACUUAUGUAGGUGUAGCUAGCCCCAUACUGGCUUCUACUCUACGGGGCAAAGAUGGAAAAGGGACUUUUGCAGAUGAAUUUCAGAGUUUUGCAAAGCAGGAGUUUAUAUCUAUAAUUGACCAAGGAGAACAUCUGUCCACAGGAGGAAAGAAGCCAUCCUGUCUGAUGAAGGGCAGCCAACAUGCUCACAGUGUCAAGCAUGUUAAAACCACCAGCACAACUAUAACAAAGAGCUGUCCCUCUAAAGGAGCCCUAACAACUGCCCUGUCAAGCCCUGCCAGUGCUCAGAUUCAUCAGAAAUCUGGACCUGGCAAAACAGCGGUGCCAUACUCUGCCAACGUAGUCAAUUCAGCUUGGCAACAGCCGUCUCAAGCCUCGUCAGUUCAGAGGAAAAUCACACAAGGAUCUCCAAAGACCAAGGGCCCCACAGUUACAGAAGGAUCCAAGUUUCAGAGUGCCCAUCACAGCCCGUCCAAACCUGAGGAUGAUAAGUGGGAGAGAGUUAAGUCACCCCUGUCUAACCUUGCGUCCAUUGUAAAGCAGCAAGCUUUCGAAACAGCACUGACAAGCGAGGGUAAUACUCAAGCCUCACCUGUUGCAUCAAGAAAAGCUGAUGUUCUGAAUCCACUCACUGGGAGUCAAGACACUCAAUCUAAACAUACUUCUUUUGAAUACCCACCAUACUGGUCUGUGGAAAAAUGGGCUGGUGUGCUAUCUCAAGGGGAUUCAACUCAAGCAAUGAAAAGACAUGAGAAGGCGAAUGCCACUGAGCCUUUGGAGAAUAAUACUGAAUUAAACACCAGUCAGGGAGAACACAUGGGACUACAAGCGAAGCAAGGCUCCUCAAAGCCUACUGGCCAGUCUCAUCUCUUUAGGAGCAAUGCAUCAACAAAUGGGAACAGGAUGGAGAGCAAACUAGCCCAGGUGUUAGAGGGGGAGAUAUUGAAGGAAGAAAGUGGGGCGUCAGACAGUUGUCCCGGUGAAAAAUUGGAGGGCAUGGUUGCGUCUAUUCUUGCAGGCCAGUGUGCGGGGGGAGGCGACAAGUUUGAGAAGAAAACAAAUGGAACCAAAGAGGAGUCGCCAACCAAAGUAAAAGCUGCUGCCAUCAAACAAAAGAAAACCAGCCCUAAGAAGCUAGCAAAGGAGAAGUCACCAGGCCCAUCAAAGAAGGCUACAGGGAAGAAAAAGCAAGACACAGAAAACACUCCAACCAAAGUGUCUUGCCAAAAGAAGCAGAAGAAACAAUGUGCACCUGUGCUGGAGCAGAGUCUACCAGCGGGAAAACCUUCUCCACAGAGUAAAGAGACGAUUCCAAGGGACAAGAUCAGUCCCAACAAGGUUGAGCAACCAACCCGCAACAAACCAGUUACAGAUAGCGGCACCAGUCAUCAGAGUGUAGAGACUCCAGUGUCUCUCAGUAGCUCUGCUAUAUCCAGUAAGGAGACCGAUACUAGAGAGAGCUCUUUCCCAAGACUGAGGAGAGGACGACGGCGAGCUGAUGAGGCUCGACUCGACCUCUGGGGCUUUGCGACACCUUCCCCUCCACCCCCACCAAUGCCUCCUCCCCCAGCUUCCCUGCCACCCUCUCUGACUCCCACCCAACCCGCCCGCCGUCCGAGAGGGAGGCCUCGCUCAAACCCCCUGCCAGAGCGAGUGUUUCAGGGCAAGGGCAAGACAGCCAGUGCAGAGGGUAACACGCCUGCUCAUAAGAAACGCCGGCGAUGUCGUAACAAAAAGUAUCAGACUGGGGAAUACAUCACUGAGAAAGACAAGCUGGAAGAUGGAGAGCACCUCGAAGACUCUAACUCUCUGAGACAGGACAGUGGAAUUCCAGCAGAUCCACAGGUGGAUCAGUGUCCGAGUCCCACCGCCUCUAGUCCAGAUCCUCCUCCACGGAGACCCUCGUUCACUCGCUCUGGGUCAGUCCGCUACCAGGAGAGCGAGGUAUCCCCAGAGUGCAAUGACAAGCCUUCAGGGAAGAGAAAGUUCAAAAGCAAGCACUUAUGUGACAAUGAUGAGCCUAAGAUUAAGACCAAACGCAGCUGCUUGGGCAAGCGUGGUGCCUCACAUGCCCUGGAUGAUGAUGGUUCCGAUGUAAAAAGAACAGACAGCCCCCCACCCACUCCAAAAAGUUUGCCAUCAUCUCCAUCCAAUAAGAAAGGCUCAUCGGGAAGAAGCAGCGGUUCGGAGUCUCCACACAAAAGGCCCAUUCCUCCAGAGGUUCGUCGGCUGAUUGUCAAUAAAAAUGCCGGGGAGACCUUGCUGCAACGUGCUGCGCGCUUGGGCUAUCAGGAUGUAGUUCAGUACUGUCUUGAGAAGGACAUCAGGGAGGUCAAUCGGCGUGAUAAUGCCGGUUACACAGCUCUCCAUGAGGCGUCCUCUCGAGGCUGGACUCAGAUUGUCCAGAUGCUGCUGAAACAUGGCGCUGAUGUCAACUGUAGCGCCCAGGAUGGAACACGGCCCCUUCAUGAUGCAGUAGCGAGUGAUAACCUUCCAAUAGUCUGGUUGCUUCUGAACCACGGCGCAGACCCGACUUUGGCCACCUACUCUGGACAUACACCAGUCAAACUGGCUCAUAGCCUGAGCAUGAAGACCUUCCUCACAGAAUAUUUCACAGACCUGGAAGGCCGCAAAGAACAGGAUCUCAGUUUACCCUGGGAUUUCUACAGUAGCGCCCUGUUUGAGACUGACCAGGAUCCGUGCUGGCACUUUCUGCUGUCUGAGCAGAAUCAGGAGCUGGAGGAGGAUCCAUCGGGGAAGACUGAGCCGGACUCGGACAAAGAUUGCCUUCUGUUUGAGUUCUCCUCCGAGCCUCUCCUGCCCUGUUAUCAUGUUCAGGUGUCAUUAACCCAGGGCUUUUGCAACUGGUUCCUCCUGACAGACGCCCUGAAGCGUCUGAAGAUGUCUGCGCGGAUCUUCCGGGCGCGUUACCCACACUUGGAGGUGGUGAGUUUGCCGCGCGCUGAGCUCUGGAGGCAGGUAUCGGUCAGCCAGGUGAGCUCCGCUUUGGCUUCACCCUACAGAGGCAAAAAUAAGGAGGAGGAAGACAAGGAAGAGGAUGAGGAGGGACUUGUGGAUCUGGUGCGAUGUGUACCAGAGCUCCAGAGACUACUGGGCUCCUCCAUUCACAUCCUACAAGAGGACGAGGAGGAGGAGGAGGAGGAGGAGGAGGAAGAGACACUGACAAACACAGGGAAGCCUCGCAGCCGAUAGCCGAUAGCCUCUUUCACCGCACUCCUCCACCGUGCAAACUGUUGUCAUUUCCAAGUGUGUCAGCCCAAGUCCUUCCCUGCAAGCAGCAGCUCAAAGGAAACCUCUCCGUCCGUUGUAACGAGGGUCAUGGGUUUUAACUCCAGCUACAGUAAUGACUUCUGACACUCCACCUAUAACCUUUGACCUCAGACAGAAGGUGAUUAAGUGAUCACAAGGACCUGCACAUGGGAGUGGUCGGUGCUGGAAAGCAGCUUUCAGGUUCCUAUCUAUAGGUAUAUUUGAAUACAUAAGAACUAUUGAGCAAACCUUUUUGUAUUGAUUAUGUAUGUACAUGGUAGUGUAUAUGUAUAUCUUGCCAUCAGGGUUAACACAUUUGGUUAUAUAAAUGUAUUCUUGUGGCAAAGGACGGAUUAUGUUUGGGACUUUUUUGUUUGAGUUUGUUUCUUGAGGGAAAGCGAUAUUUUUCGAUGGGAGAUAAUCCAAGGCUUUUAUCUUGGUGAACUCUUGCGUGAAGUUAAGACGUUUAAGUCAGGGAGGCCACUGGCCCAGAUGGUUUCUCUGUCACCCUGGGAGACCUGGAGACCUGCAGAGAAGAGACCACGGCACAUAAUGUUCAAACAUAAUCACCCGCCCAGAGCCUCAUUUCCAUUUUCUCCUUGGUUUCAUUUUUCACUUUAUCAUCCUCGAGAGAUCAUUACUGGACGGACCUAAUAGCUUACGAUGUUUGUUUUUCCUCCACAUUUCACAAAGUAAGCCCGGGUGGCACUGAGCAGUAUGAAAUAAUGUCGCAGUAUGAAAUAAUGUCUUUUUGGACUUUGAGAUUGAGAGUUUGUUUACAGAACUGGACAGACAGUAGUGUUCUCCACUCCCCAGGUUGCACUCCCCCUGAACUGAUACAGAAUCCUGUGGAUCUCUCUCAGAGGAAAAGUAGUACCAUCUCUGGAGUCCAGAGCCUGCUCCUGUGUCUGAGGAGCUGAGACGCCCCCCCUUAACUGCAGCCACGACUGUCCCCCCCACGUCCUGAUAUGGUGUUUCCAGAUCCCAGAGUGCUUUGUGUUGCAGUGUUUUAUUUACACUGUUUGUUGUGCUUAAUUUAAUAGUCAUUAAUAUAUUUGACCUCUUGUGUAUCUGACAAGCCUAUCUAUGAAAAAAAAAAGCUUUGUAUGGUUGGUGCUUCAUUUUGAAAUGUACUUAUUAGGAUCCCUUUAUUCUGAGAUUUUCCUCCCUCAUUCAAAAACAGUAUUUCAAAAAAGCUAAAGUACAGUUUUAUUGUACUGGUGCUAAGACAGAUUUUGUGUUGACAAUCAAUGAUGUUUUGGUUUGAAGUCACAAACUAAUAAAAGAUAUUUAAGAUGAAGAGACUUAAGGUGUAAAGAAAAGUAUAGUUUAGUUAAAGAAAAUGGGAUACAGCAACACUGAGCAGUGUGUGAGAUCUUGAAGAGCCUUUUAUUUGAUUCUUUUAUAAGAAAUCAACAAGAAUAAAGCAUGAUUGUGAAUCAUA